ACACAUAACCAAAAUAUAAUAAUGAGCAAUAAUUUCAGCAACUUCUACGAAGCAUGGUUCGAUCGACUAAAGCACUUAGUCCACCAACUAGUUCAUGCACACCAUACCCCAACAACCCUAGACCAACACAACCACCUCCAACAUCUCACCAACAAGCUCAUCUCCCACUAUACCGAAUACUACAAAUUCAAAUCCCUAGCUAUCGAGCGCGAUGCCCUAACGGUGCUUGCAGCACCUUGGGCGACUGCGCUCGAGCGCUCUCUUCACUGGAUGGCCGGGUGGCGUCCCACUACGGUCUUCCAUCUGAUCUACUCAGAAUCAUCGAUUCUGUUUGAGUCUCAUAUUAUUGAUAUUCUUCGAGGUCUUCGUACUGGAGACCUCGGAGACCUCUCUCCCUCUCAGUUUCGCAGAGUCAGUGAACUGCAAUGCGAAACUGUGAAAGAAGAGAACGAGAUCACUGGAGACUUCUCUGAGUGGCAAGAUAGCGCCAGCGAAAUGCUGGUUGCGGAACUGGAUGGUGGUGGUGUGAGCCAGAAGAUCGGACGGUUAGGGUUUGUUCUGAGAAAAGCUGAUGAUCUACGGUUGAGAACGAUUCAGAGUGUUGUUGAGCUUUUGACGCCGCAACAGGCCGUGGAGUUUCUUAUCGCCGCCGCCGAGUUGCAAUUUGGGAUUCGUGCUUGGGGAGUUAAUCACGACCGUACAUCAAUUAGAGAAUAUUGAUUGAUGACGUCAUUAUUAAUUAAUUAUUAAAACACAUCAUGGCCGUUCAUUUUGGAUGGGAGUAAUCUAACGCGAGCCCAACGGUGGGUCUUUUAGCUCCGUCCGUCGUCGAAACUAUGGCUAUGCUGGUUGGAUUGUAAUUGCGCUCUCGUCUUGGAUAUUAUAAUAUUGAGGUGGAGACAGAUUGUCAAAUUAUUACAAAAUUCGUAAAUAAAAGAUAUGUCUAUUUCGCUGAUUAUGUUUUGAUUUUACAAGAUAUUUAUUUAGUUUGUGAUACUAUUAUUUUAUUAAAAAAUUUUGUAAUAAAAGGGGAUAUUUGCGACAAAACCCCCUUAGCAUUUACAAUUAUUACGCAUAUGAUCCUAAUCACAAAUAGUAACGACAAAAAUACUUUAUCUUAUGAUUUUAUUGCAGUCGUACUCUUUUUUAGCCAUUAAGUGCCAACUCAGAAAUACGUGGUGACAUAUUAUUAGACUACGUAUUAAAUAAGCUAAAGAAAUAUAUCGUUAUGUAUUUUUGAGCUAGCACUUAACGAGUUAACGGGUUUAAUUGACACUUAACAACUAAAAAAUAGUACGACUGCAAAAAAAUUAUAAGACAAAAUAUUUUUACUGCUAUUUUCUUAAUAAAUUAAUAUGUGUAAUAAUUACAAAUAUUAAAAAAAAAAAUUAACUAUAAAUAUUCUAAUAAAAGGUUAUAAUUAAUAAGGUUGUUCAUCAAGUUGCUUAAACCGCUCAAACAGCCCGCACUGCAAAAAAAAUGCAGUUAAAAUUCUUUGCGGUGCGGUCGUAGUUUGAAUGUUUUCUAAAUCGCGCAGUGCGGUAUAGUUUACAGUUUUGAAUUGCUAAUAUAUGGUUCAUGUCGCACCGCAUAUUAUAAAAAUAUCAAUUUUUAUAUUUAUUUAAGUCCAAUAUAUAAAAGUCCAGCCCAAAGCCCACUAAUUAUUAUAUUGUUGAAACUUAAAUUUUUUUUUUCGCAUUUAUUUUCAAGCCUUAUGGUAUUUUCGACAAGUGUUGUUCAAGCUUUGUUGUAUUUGUGAUAGUUUAAUUAUUUAGUGAUCGUUCAAACCGCAUAAAUCGUAUCGCAAUAUUUUUUACGAUACAAUAUCUACGAUUUUUUAGUUUCACAAUACAAGUGCGAUUUAAAAAAUUAAAAAAAUUACAAAAAUAAAUUAGUUUAAAAAAAUAGUCAAAAAUUACACCAUCUCAAGCACCACCGAGCCCUAAUAAUUACCAAUCUUCUUCAUUAAUUGGGCAUAUAACACUUACGAGUUAUUGACCGGUCAAAACAUCUGACUAAGCACAAACGAAGACUAAUCUCACGGCCCCGUCAUUUACCAAAACCAUAAACACCAAAUCAAAAUCCACCACGUGUCAUCAACUCGGUCCAAUCACAUCACGCGGUUCUUUUCAACCCUCACAGCUAAGUCAACACACCAUAAUCCGAUUCUUCGUCUAAAUUUGACUCCCGAUUUUCUCUCUCUGUCUAAAAGCUCCGAAAAAAGCUCGCCUCUAAUGGAAAUUUCGAAACCCUAAAAAACCCUAAAAAGCCAUGUCUUUGAGAAGAGCCUUUCGAUCUCGCAAAUUCUCCAAAUCCUUUCGGGAAUUAAGCCCCGAAGAGGAACAUCAUCAGA